ACUUUCCGGCUGCUCUCUGUCAGUGUUUGUGGGUGCGGAGGGUUCGCAGCCCAGGUGAGAGCUUCGGGCCUCCACGCGGAUUGCGGACCUGCAGGGAGGGAUGGGCUAGUGUCCAGAGGGCGGGAACGCGACGUACCGGGAACUCCUGCAAAGCAGGCCCUCCGCUCCCUGUGCCUGGGUCGGCCUGGGACCUCAGCCUGAGAAGGGCCGGUGGGGGCGGGCUCCGGGGGCGUCAGGUGGGGCUGAGUCCUAGUUGGAAGAUGCUCGGUGCGGGCAGAGGUGUGGAUGCCAGAAUGCAGCCAGGCGUCGGAAAACCCGGUGCUGGCUUCAGGAGGGGAAUGCGCGUUUAUUGUACUGAUCAUGAACCUAACACAAAGCGCGUACGGCCCGUGGGUCUGCGGUGAGAGCCCGAGCCUAGAAGCUAGAAUGACCUGGUGAAUUUUGACUCUGUCACUUGAGCGUUUGAAAAUGAGGAUAUUAGUAAAAACUGCUUUGUGUCGUUCAGAGGAAGGAGGGAGCCCCAGAAACAGGAGUCCUACUGAAGAACUGCCCUCUGACAGAACAGAGACCUCCUCACCAGGGCUUCCAAACAGAUGCAGAAGAACCCAGAGAGGAGCAGGUCUUGAUUUGCCCAACCAGCAGCAGUUCUUCAUCCCCUUGCCCAGAGAGCACCAGACUUGGUGAUGUCGCCACAUCCAGAAGCCAUCACAGAUUGUGUGACACUGAACACUGUGGGCCAACUUGCAGAAGGUGGUUAUCCUUUACGGUUCUCCACACUCUUUCAGGAGCAGCAGAAAAUGAACAUAUCUCAGGCAUCAGUGUCAUUCAAGGACGUGACUAUAGAAUUCACCCAGGAGGAGUGGCAGCAGAUGGCCCCUGUUCAGAAGAAUCUGUACAGAGAUGUGAUGCUGGAGAACUACAGCAACCUCAUCUCAGUGGGGUACUGCCAUUUCAAACCAGAGGUGAUCUUCAAGUUGGAGCACGGAGAAGAGCCUUGGUUCUCAGAGGAGGAAUUCUCAAACCAGAGUCACCCAAAAGAUUACAGAGGCGAUGACCUGAUCAAGCAGAACAAGAAAAUCAAAGACAAACACUUGCAGCAAGCAAUGUGUAUCAAUAAUAAAACAUUGACUACAGAGGAAGAGACAGUUUUGGGGAAAACAUUUACUCUGCAUGUAGCUGCUGUUGCUUCAACAAAAAUGUCCUGCAAGUGCAACUCAUGGGAAGUGAAUUUGCAAAGUAUUUCUGAAUUUAUCAUUAAUAAUAGAAACUAUUCAACAAAGAAAAUAGGUUGCUGUAAUGUAUGUGAGAAUUCACCUUUCAAAAUUAACUUUGAGAAAACUCAGACUGGAGAGAAAUUUUAUGAACAUAAUAAAAACAUGAAAGCUCUCAAUUAUAAUGAAAAUCUUUCCAAGCAUCCAAAGUUUCAAACUUUGGAGCAAGCUUUUGAAUGUAAUAAAAUUGUAAAAGCCUUUAAUGAUAAGGCUAACUGUGUUAAACAUAAGAGUCCUCACACAGGAGAAACAUCCUCUAAAGAUGAUGAAUUUAGGAAAAAUUCUGAUAAGAAAACUCUCUUUGACCACAGGAGAACUGGCACAGGGAAGAAACACCUGCAUCUUAAUCAAUGUGGGAAAUCCUUUGAGAAGUCAACUGUGGAGGAAUAUAAUAAACUUAACAUGGGUAUAAAACAUUAUGAGUUAAAUUCAAGUGGAAAUAAUUUCAACAGAAAGGCACACCUCACUGAUCCUCAAACAACUGUCACAGAAGAGAACCCAUUGGUAAGUAGUGACAGAACACAGACUUGGGUUAAAUCCUCUGAAUAUCAUGAAAAUAAGAAAUCCUACCAGACAUCGGUUCACAGAGUUCGCCAGAGAAGUCACUCGAUGAUAAAACCCUAUAAAUGUAAUGAAUGUGGGAAAUCCUUCUGUCAGAAAGGACAUCUCAUUCAACAUCAGAGAACUCACACAGGAGAGAAACCAUUUGAAUGUAGUGAAUGUGGAAAAACUUUCUCCCAGAAGUCACACCUCAGUACUCAUCAGAGAAUUCAUACAGCAGAAAAACCCUAUAAAUGUAAUGAAUGUGGAAAAACAUUUGUCCAGAAGUCAACCCUCAGGGGACAUCAAAGAAUUCACACAGGAGAAAAACCGUAUGAAUGUAGUGAAUGUGGGAAAACUUUUGUUCAGAAGUCCACCCUCAGAGAUCAUCACAGAAUUCACACAGGGGAGAAAUCCUUUCAAUGCAAUGAAUGUGGAAAAACAUUUGGCCAAAAGUCAAACCUCAGAAUACAUCAGAGAACUCACACUGGGGAGAAAACUUACCAGUGUAAUGAAUGCGAAAAAUCCUUCUGGCGAAAAGAUCAUCUCAUUCAACAUCAGAAAACUCACACAGGAGAGAAACCAUUCAAAUGUAACGAAUGUGGGAAAACUUUUGCCCGGACAUCAACCCUCAGAGUGCAUCAAAGAAUUCACACUGGGGAGAAACCAUUUAAAUGUAAUGAAUGUGGGAAAAAAUUUGUCCGGAAAGCAAUCCUUAGUGAUCAUCAGAGAAUUCACACAGGGGAGAAACCCUUUCAGUGUAAUAAAUGUGCAAAAACUUUUGGCCAGAAAUCAAACCUCAGAAUACAUCAAAGGACUCACAGUGGGGAGAAAUCUUAUGAAUGCAAUGAAUAUGGGAAAUUAUGUAAGAAGUCAACCCUAAGCUUAUACCAGAAAAUUCAGGGAGAGGGGAAUCCCUAUUGAUGUAAUAACUAGAAAAUCCUUUUGACAAAAGGAAUACCCCAUUUGAUAUCAGAGAUAUACAAAAAACCAAUUGAGGGUAGUGAAUGUAAGAAGACAGUCCCAGAAGUAAACCCUCACUGUGAAUCAGAGAAUUCACAUAGGAAAGAAACCAGAUGAAGAUGAAUGCAGGAAGAAUUGUGUCCAAAAGGCAACGUUCAGAGUAUAUCAAAGAAUUCACACAGGCUUCUGUUUUCAGAGUAGUAUGGAUAGGCCUGAAUGAAGUCAUACCCUAUUAGAUAGCUCCCACACAUCACACAGGCUGGUAAUCUCUUUACCAGCACCAAUUUCAUUUUACUCCAGGCACAUAGUCCAAAUUUCCCAAUCUCCUUUUCAUCCAGGUGGGUCUUUGUGACUGGCUACUAAGAUGUGGAUGUCCAUGAUGUAUAUCACAUCCCAGUCUGAAACAUAAGAGACUUCCCUAACAAAUUACCAGGGCCCUGUCACGACAAAAUGGAUAUCAUUUCUAGGACAAACUUGGUGCCGUGCUUUAAUGUGGCAUGGUACAAGAUAAAGAAGUCUGUGCCUGAAUGAAUAUACGCAGCAAAAUUCUCCUCUUCUGCGUCUUUCCCAGUUGAACAUUAUGUGAGCAAAAUUUAAGCUUAUACAGUAGUCCCCCCUUAUCUGUGUUUUCACUUUAUGCAAUUUCCAUUAACCAUGGUCAACUGCACUUUAAAGUUAUUAAAUGGAUCCAGAAAUAAACAAUUCCUACAUUUUAAACUGCACCCGAUUCUGAGUAGUGUGAUGAAGUCUCAUGCCCUCCUGCUCUCCCAUGAGGGUUAUUGAAUCAUUCCUUAGUCUAGCAUAUUCACAGUGUAUACACUAUCUGCCAGUUAGUCACUUACUUGGCAUUUUAGUUAUCAGAUCGCCUGUCGGUAUGGCAAUGCUCAUAUUCAAGUAACCCUUGUUUUACUAAAUAAUGGCCUCAAAUUGCAAGAGCAGUUCUGGCAUGUUAUAAUUAUUCCAUUUUAUUAUUAGUCGUUAAUCUCUUGCUGUGCCUAAUUUAUAAAUUAAACUAUCAUAGGCAUGUGUAUAUGUAGGAAAAAAAUACAGUAUAUACAGGGUUCAGUAUACCCGUGGUUUCAGACAUCAACUUGGGAUCCUUGGAGAGCAUUCCUUGUAGUUAAGCAGGGACUACUGUAUUCUGUUGAGCUUUUACAUGUUUGAGUCUGUUUGUUUCUACACAUAAUUUAGUUAUCUUCUGCUAGGAAGGCAGAAAGCUUCUGUGGAAGCCAGGCUUAAGUCAAUCAGAGGGCACAAACCUUAUUAGGAGGCUACAGAGUCAAGGAGAACCUCAAAUAUGAUCAGAGAAUUUUGGAAAAGACAUCCUUUCAAUGUAAUGAAAUUGAUAGUACCACCUGAUACAGGGCUUUGCAUGAACCUAAAAGUCUUUUGGCUGAAUGGUGAGCAGCCACUGUGCAGUUCAACGUAAUUGUGCCUUGCUUAAUUGCACAGAGGUACUUCCUCCACACCUCCUGACACCUCCAUAUACCCCAGGUAUAUCUGCUUUAAGGAGGAGUUUUCCCUGGCUCCAAAGGCCAUUGGCACCCACCCAAGUAUUACGAGAAACCUCUGAGGAGGGGAGGGACUCAGAUUUAUAUGGCUUUAUUGAAUCCAUGCCCAAGCUAACAUCUUACUAGUUCCCGUGGGGGUACAGGACACCUAGAUUUAGCUAAUGGGGUUUGGCAAUGGGAAGGCAAACAAAUGUAAUAACCUUAUGGGUGAGGUACUUUUGGCCAGUGGAGUGUACUACAGUUAGGUUUACAUCUGAAAGUAUAGUAGGGAUUAAUUCCCAUAAGUUAUAGAGAGAAUUCUAAUUCCCUGUAAUUCGCAUAAGUCAUAGAAUUCUAAUCAGGAAUAAUUGUAUGUAAAGAUACCUCUGAGGUCCAACAGCUCUGAUUAUUUUGGGCUUCAAGUCUCUGUGACUGGUGAUUUUGUGGGUUGAAACUUCUGGCAAAAGGGGGCAGCCCUUGGGAGCUGGGGGACAGAGGAUUGACUUGGUUCCCUGACAAGGGUACCAGGUCCACCCCUUCUGAAAAGCAGCUGUUAGUUUACUCUUGGGCUCUUACACAUUGGAUAUUUCUUCCCUGGGUAGAGGGUUCUGACCUAAAAUUCCAGUUUGGGAGUUUGUCGUCUUGGACUCAACAACUAACAAAAUGAAAAGAACCCAGCAAGCCUCACUUGUGGAAUGAAAAUGGAGCAUUCAGGAAAGCAGCUGUCCUGGCCCCACAGUAUGUCAGCUGUAUAGGCAAUAGUAGUAGCUGUCUCUUAGAAGGGAAAUAAUGUAUCACCUCUUUCUAGAACGAAGCAAAGUUCCUGGCUUAGUAGAGCCCUCAACUCAUAGAGGUUACUGUAAUUGGGCCUGGCUCACUGAUGGUUUCGCUAACUGAAACUACUAGGAUCCUGUGUGUGUUCAAACUCAGUGCCAUUAACAAACCCAGAGUGAAGCGGUCACACCUCUCAGUGGAAAGAGCACAAGGAUGUUCUCAGCUCUGGCCAAUACUCCAUUUCAUGAACCUUGUUACAUUUUUUUAAGCCUUGGGCUCUGGAUGUGGCCUAGAUAUUUGAUAUUCUAAUUGGAAAUUAUAGAUUAAAAAGCACCCUUUCAUUAUUUGUACAGUGGGGGUAAAAGUCAAAGCUGCUUAGUACAACCAUCUGGGUUGCUCAAGUAGAUGCCCAUAAUAAGAGACUAUUUUCUGAUAAGACUGACUGGAAUCAAGCUGCUGAAAGCUUUCUCCAUCCAGAUUGUGACCAUUGCUACCUGGAUCCAUCAUUUUACUGUAUGGCAAAAAAUCACCCAUGUCACACUGGGUGACAUGGUAAAAGUACAUGGUACUUUUACAGUACCAUGUACUGUACAAAAUAAAGGUCUCUUUAUCUGAUGCUUCCAUUGAUGUCAUUGGAUAUAAGAAUUUACAAAACUUUUUUCCUUCUGGAUGAAUAGCCAGUACUACAUAUGCCAUUGAUUAAUUCACCUUUCUCCCACUGAUUUUAAAUAUCUUUAUAUACUAAAUUGUCAUUUGUAAAGAUAGUGCAUAUGACUGAUUAAACGUUCUGAUAUUUUAGUAACAUCAUUUUGUGAACAGGACUGGCAUGUAUAGGAGCCAUAAUAACCAUCUUUCUGGCCUGCAAUUGAAUUUUUCACAGGAGGAUAAUUGAAUCAACUUUGGAAAAAGAAUACAUCUUAGGACUUAAGAAAUAGAAUAUCAUAGGCCAGAACUGCCAGCAGCCUUACCAAGAAAAUGCAUUGACAAUAGGUGAACAUAAGGUUACCCCUGGAGAGAAGGAGAUAUGACAGGAAAAUUAAUGGUACACAAGCCCAGUUAGUACCUGUUAGGACCAGUUAGUCCCUGAGAAUCAAAACAUCACUGUUUACUCUGUUUUUGUAAUACUUCGUAAUAUAAAGCAAGUCUUUCUUUAAACUUUUUUUUACUCAGACACUUUCUGAAAGAAAAUAUUUAGAAUCAUCUCUCUCCCUGCCCCUUUUAAAUAGGAUAUUUGAGGAUUAUGAUUGGGUUUGGUAUUAAGGAUCAGGAACCCUGCAGGGUGGAACUGAUUCACCCAGGUGGCCUGAGUCAUUGGGAGGCCAGGUGGUAAAGCCCCAUGACUGGGGACUCAGGCUUCACCUGCUGUCCCUUAGCAGAGGGCGGCCCACAGGACACCUUUCCAUACAAUACAUCACCAAUUGGAGACCAUGGUCUGUGCUCUAGUCAUGUAUGCUCUCUCUCCCUGCCUGGUUGAUCUCCUUAGCAACUCAUGGUCUUUUACUCUAGCAGAUGGAUGCCUCAUCUAGAGACUCUGGAGGAGCUGAUUUUCUGUCUGCCCACCCACUAAGGGCCUUCAAGCUAAUAAAGAUAGAAAACAGGGCAGGAAUUUUUGUCUGUUUUAUUCACAGUGUAUCUCAAACACAUGAAACAGUCCCUCUUCAUAUUAGGCACUCAGAAAUACUUGCUGAAGGUACAGUUAUCAAAGUGAAAUCUGAACAUUUUUCCUUUUGAUGUUCCAAGUUAUCUUUUGAGGUGAUUAAUUUUAAAUAGGUAAAAUAUUGCUAUAAGUUCCCUGUUCACGGGUAUUUUAUAAAUUUUUAAAACUUGUUCUUAAUCUUCAGAAGUGUACAGAACUGUUCUUCAAACUUCUGUCAACCAAAACAUGUAUUUUCAAUAAAUUGAGAUUCCCAGUUCAAA